AUGGAUCCCAGAAAGUCUUAUGCAUCCCUUGUGAAAGGGGUUCACUCUUUUGACUUGACUGGAGGGUUCUAUCCUGGAGAGCUUUUGCUCAUAGGAGAUAAUGCUUUCCCGGUGCUUGUGAGUACUAAUGGGCAAGUACUAAUUGCCUCGUCCCAGUAUGGGAAGGGCCGGAUGGUAGUUGUCCCACAUGAAAACAUUCUGAACAGUCCCCAACUCCUGCCGUUCAUUAAAAAUGCUGUGCAGUGGCUCAAGCCCUCCAUGGCAGCCCAGGUGGGGGUCCAUAGCAGCUUGGAUCCUCUCUCUCAGAUGCUCCUCAGUAGUGGGGUGAAAGUGCAGACAGGCGCAACUCUUGGAACUUCGCUAGGGGUGUAUUGCACAGAUGCCUAUGACGAGACACAUGCCGACGACCUUGUGAAAUUUGUCAAGAGUGGUGGGGGUCUGCUCAUUGGAGGGCAGGCUUGGAACUGGGCAACUCAGUAUGGAACGGAGAAAGUGCUGCUUGCGUUUCCUGGCAACAGGGUGACUAGCGUGGCUGGUGUGUACUUCACUGGCAAUGUGGGAGAAAAUGGGAUUUUCCCAGUGUCCAAAGAGAUGCCAAGAAUUCCACUCAUCACUCAGCAUGGAUUAGAUAUUCAGAGUGAUUUAAACGCCCUUCUGAAUGGAGUGACUGAAUUCAAUAUACAAGAUGGUGUCCCUUCUCCUUUGCUAAUCCAUGGAACCUUGGCAUUUCCAGUUGGCAUGGAUGAUUCUCAACAGUCAUUUCUUGCAGCUGCCCACUAUGGCAGAGGACGCAUUGUUGUAGCUUCUCAUGAAAACCAAUUUACUACGCCAUCCAUGAAAGAGUUUGUUCUCAAUGCCAUCCACUGGCUUAGUUCUGGAAAGGGAGGAAAGGUUGGCAUAGGAGAUAACCUCCAGGAGCUUUACUCCAUGUUAGAUCAGGCAAAGAUCCCAAGUGAGCUAACAGAUCUUAAGGAUGGCCUAAGUGUCUAUUGUUGCAUGACCUACAGUGACAGAGAGGUGGAAAAAAUCCAUGAGUUCGUCUCUGAAGGAGGUGGCCUCCUGAUUGGAGGACAAGCCUGGUCAUGGGUUCAAGAGAAUAAUAACACUAAUGCUGAGUAUCCAGGAAACAAGAUACUUAACACAUUUGGAAUUUCAGUCCUUGGGACAGACAUCAACUCACCUAAUCAAACCUACCCAGCUGGAAAGGCCAGAGAUGUUGCUUCAUGCUAUCACUUCCGGCAAGCGCUCUUCCAAUUCCAGCAACACAUUCAGAACAAACAGUCUCUUAUGCCACCAUAUUCCACGUGGGUUAAGAAGCUAGGACAAGAUUCUGAUGCAUGCGUACAGCUUCCAUUUGCCAGCUGCCCUUCCUUUUCUUCCAUUCACCAAGUUCUGAUGGAGAUAAUUCAGCUCAGUGGGAUUCCUGAUAUCAGUGCAAGCAAGCCCAUCCAAUCCAAUUCACCAGAAGCACUUCUGAUUAGCCUGUCUUCAGAGCUCUACAACAAUUUCUCAGAGUUCCAGAAGUUAGUACCCAAGCUGAAUCAACAUCUUGCAACGGAUUAUCCUGUAUCACCACCUCAAACUAUUCGUAUCAACGGAAGGAAUGAUGGAGCUGAAGCAUGGAGAAGUACUGGCCUUUAUGUUCCUCCAGGGAAAACCACCACCUUGCUGUUUCCAUCUUCUGUCAUCAGUGCCAAAUUACAGGUACAGAUUGGUUGUCAUUCGGAUGACCUCAGCAAUGCUGAAGAGUUGAAGCGUGCUCCAAUAGUAAUAAGAAAAAUUGAAGUUAAGACACCGAGAAUGGAAGUCUCCAGCUUAUGGGGUGGUCUCUUGUAUGUCAUUGUGCCAGAGAAGUCUUCAGUGGGCCAUAUCUCUGUCACUGUAAAAGGGGCUGUCCAGGCUCCUUACUUCAAGAAUGGUGAAACCAGCACAUCUGCUUGGAAGAAUACCAUCCGUCACUAUCCUGCUCCUUGGGCUGAGCUCGAAACGGAGAACAUCAUCUUGACAGUUCCUGCAGAUGACGUGCGCAAUAUAGAGAACCCACAGAUUUUGCUCACCAACUGGGAUAAGAUGAUGAAAGCAGUGGCCAAGUUAUCAUCCAUCCCUGCUAUUUUUCCCAGGCCAGAGAGGAUUGUGGCAGAUGUUCAAAUAUCAGUUGGUUGGAUGCAUUCUGGCUACCCAAUCAUGCUUCACUUGGAUUCAGUGCACGAGAUGACAGAUGUGAAGUCCAUACAUGCCAAUGGGCUCUGGGGCCCCAUCCAUGAGCUGGGUCACAAUCAGCAGCAAAGUGGAUGGGAUUUCCCACCCCAUACCACUGAAGCCACCUGCAAUCUGUGGUCUGUUUAUGUAAAUGAGACCGUGUUCAAUGUCCCAAGAGAAAGGGCACAUGAGGAGCUUUCUCUGGAACUCAGAAAGAGGAGGAUUGAGGAUUAUAUUCAAAAUGGAGCGCAGUUGAAGGAUUUUGAGAUGUUUACAGCACUAGAACCCUAUUUACAGGUGCAGGAGACAUUUGGAUGGGAACCCUACAUGCACAUCUUUGCUGAGUACCGAAAAAUGACGCAAAUCCCAGAAGACAAUGAAUCCAAGAUGAAUCUGUGGGUAGAAAAGUUAUCGCCGCAAGUGGGCCAUGACCUGGCUCCUUUCUUUAAAGUCUGGGGGUGGCCUAUUACAGAUGAGCUGUCUCAAAAGCUGGCCAGAUCCUUCCCCCCAUGGGUAGAGAAUCCGAUGAAGCAGUAUAUGUCUCCCUAAGGAAGCAGAAGCGACAGUAAAAGUACAGGUUGAAUGUGAGUCAUGGAAUCAUGUUUGCUGGUAUUUGAAUAACCAGUCACGAAACAGCUAGAAUAAUAUGACCAAAAAUGAAUCAACUUCAAGAUUACUUCCACUUAAAUUACUUGCUGCUGAUUUGGGUUUGAUUAUUUGCCUGUUCCUUUUUAAAAGUAAAGAGCAUGUUAGAUUCUAAUAUGAAACCAUUUCCUUAUUCUGGAACUACCAUGCCAUUUGGUGUCACUGUAACUCAUUUUUCAGGAGCAUAGAAAUAGAUAUUUUCA